AUUGAUUUGGUGGGAGACUCUUGGAGAUUAUAAUACUGGUUUUAAAUUCAUCAAUUAUCAUUCAGUGCCGGCUCUUGGUCAUCUUAUAUUGUUACUGUAGUGUGAUUAUUUUUUUAACUGUUAAGUAGAAUAAAAAAAUGAAAAGUAAACUCAAACUAGGAUUCUGCUUCGCAUUAUGCAUUUCUGUGACCCUCGGCUUUACCACAGACCGGCACAGUUUAGUGGUAUCAUCAACGGAACCUCCGAAAGAAUCUUCAAGUGAGGUUGCCCCCAAUAAGGAGGAUGUGGCCCCAAUUGUCCCAAAAAUUUACGAAAUGAAAGUUGACACAAACGUAUCGAAUCGCUUCGCCAAAACUUCAGUCGUCAGUAAAGUGAAAAAUUUGGCGAAAACACCACAGGAAGCCACCUUCUCAGUCGUGUUGCCCGAAACUGCGUACAUCUCGGGAUUCGUGAUGGAAAUCGACGGGAAAAGCUACAAAGCGUACGUGAAAGAAAAAGAAGAAGCGAAGCAAAUUUACAAUGAGGCUGUCGGAAGAGGCCAAGCAGCGGCUCAUGUCGAAGCUAACGCCAGAGAUUCCAACAGAUUCACUGUUUCUCUAAACAUCGAACCGCAAAAGAAAGCAGUUUUCACUCUCACGUACGAAGAACUGCUCCAGCGUCAAAACGAGCAGUACGAAGUUGUAAUUAACAUCCAUCCAGGCCAGCCGGUCAAGGACUUAAACGUCGAGGUACACAUUGACGAAAGCAGGCCUUUGAAAUUCGUUAAGUCUCCGCCUUUGCGCACCGGCAACGAAAUAUCCAAAAACGACGACAAAACGGCCUCGUUGGCCGAAAUCAAGCAAAAUAACUCAACUUCGGCAACGGUCAAAUUCAACCCAAACAUCGAACGCCAGAAGCAACUGGCCACUGGUUUGGGGACGAAAGAGGAGAAUGGGCUAGCCGGCCAGUUCGUGGUGCAAUACGACGUUGAACGAGACCCCAAAGGGGGCGAGGUUCUGCUCAAGGAUGGCUAUUUCGUCCAUUUCUUUGCCCCCAGUGAGGUGGAAGCCCUACCCAAGCAAGUUAUUUUCGUCCUGGAUACUAGUGGCAGCAUGGACGGAAACAGAAUCAAGCAGUUGAAAGAGGCAAUGAACAGCAUUUUGAGCGAAUUGAAGAAGGAAGAUGUGUUCAAUAUUGUGGAAUUCAGUUCCAUUGUGAAAGUCUGGAACGUUGACAAGGUCCAAGUCGAUUACGAAGUUGGCGAAGACCCGUGGCCGCUGUACGACAGUCCAGAGGCCCCUCAGAAGAACAAAACAAACCAGGUGUUGCCCCCGGCCUACAAAGCCACCGAUGAAAAUAAAGAAAAGGCGAAGAAAGUUGUGGAAAAGUUGAAUGCGUACGGAGGCACUGAUAUUAAAUCGGCACUGGAGGUUGGUUUGAAACUUGUCAAGAAGAACAAAGAAAACAAGGAAGAUGCACAUCAGCCGAUUAUUGUGUUUUUGACCGACGGUGAGCCAACCAUGGGCGAAACCAACACGGAGAAAAUCACAUCUGCUAUUUCUGAAAUGAACAGUGGGGAAACGCGCGCCCCCAUUUUCUCGCUUUCUUUUGGCGAUGGCGCUGAUCGGGAAUUCUUGCAAAAAAUAUCUUUGAAGAAUUUGGGUUUCGCGAGACACAUUUACGAAGCUGCCGAUGCCAGUCUCCAGUUGCAAGAAUUCUACAAACAAAUUUCGUCGCCACUGUUGAACAAUGUUAACUUCAAAUACGUCUCAAAUGUGACAAAACUGACCAAAACCGUGUUUCCAAUUUACUUCCGAGGAUCGGAAAUCGUAGUCGCUGGCGUGGCAGAGGACGAAUUCCUACCACCCUCCAUCGAGGGAAAUACUCUACGGGGACCGAUCAUCUGGAGUCCGAAAGUUGAGACGCCUGUUGGCGACCUGGAGAGACUUUGGGCUUAUCUCACAAUUAAGCAAAUACUCGAAGCUAGGGAUGCCGCUGAGAAGAAGGAGCCCUACACCAAAAAGGCGCUAGAUAUUGCUUUGAAAUACUCAUUUGUGACCCCGGUUAGUUCAUUGGUGGUGGUCAAGCCAAACGAUACGAGUGCUGUGGACACGGAGGAUGCGUCGAAAACCGCCGACAGGCCGUACUUUUUAAACAGAAGUAAGUUAAAACAUUAUGCAACACCUAAUUUAAGACCCCAAUUAGGUCUGGCAGGCCCAUCAACUCUUUCCUUUGCAGCGGCCGCAGCUGGGUUUGGGGGUGCCGCCCCUCCGAUGCCCCAACCUGCUGUUCAAGAAGCCGAUCUUGAGGAAGAUGCAUACAUGUCACCUGAAAUGUUUGCUCCAUCUACAACUGACAUACCAACAACCACAAAAUCGCAAGAUUUGUACGAAGACAUUAAGAAUAAAUUGCCAUGGCUGAAAGAUAUUAUAACAGUUAAUGGAACGAUAACUUUACCCAACGGGAGUUACAAAAUUAGCACAAAUGAAACACAAGUGACGUCAACCCCUCAAUGUCCAAAAACACCCAUAAAUGGUACCGCUGGCGUCUGCACACUUUUACCACAUUGCCCGCAAGUGUUUUCGCUCUUAACAGAUGCCAAAGUUUUUCAGGAGUUUUUCUGUCCCUUGGAUACAUUUGUUGGAGUGUGUUGUCCAAUUGCAACAGAUGCUACAAGCGCAAGUGCAGCAAUUUCUUAAUAUACUUAUUCUGUGAUUACUGAUGUUUAUGUACUAUAAUUUUAAGACUAGCUAAUAAAGCGUAUAUUUUACUA